AUGCCAUCCAGAAUGGCGGCGCCAAAAUACGAUAUUCUUCUCCAGCCCAGAAGUGCCGAUGGACCUGCUUUGAGUCGAUUGCAAGUGACUAUUACGCUCGAAUCCCGAGAGCGAAAAUUGCGCCAGCUGCUUUUCUGCCUCGAGCCCAUGACAUCGGGCCUUUGGACAUUUCGCUCACAGAUUCUGACAAGGGGACGUGACGCCCAAAGUAGCGACCGUCAACGACAAAAUGCAUGCAUAUACGGAGGUAUGCUGCGACCAGGGCGGUCUUAUUGGCCACCGCCCGGCACGCGCGGGCCAUGGAGCUUCGCCGAAGGGGAGGUGCAAAGCACAAAUACAGGACCGAACUACAUGUAUCUGGGGACCGUGCUCAUGGCCGGCCCUAUUGUGAGCUUCCCGGCGCAGGAAUCCACCACCAGGGACCCUGCCAGCGGCGACGACACAGUAAUGCCUUUUAUACACUGGCUUGGCGAGCUUCCAACCUGUUUUGAGCCUGCGAAAAAGUACAACGCGGACAUAUUACUGUACACGAGGUCGUUAUUUCAGGAUCCCGACGCUGCGAGCAAGGUUUACAUUCGCAAGGCGGCACGGGGUUAUUCGGCGUUCAAUUUUACCUCUUGCUAUCUCAUUCAGUAUAGCGACGAAGACAAACCACGUCACAGCGCCGAUCUCGUUCACUACAUGACGCACAAAAUGGUGCGCAAUUGGGCUUAUCUAGGGGGCAUCGCCGAAUUUCAUGCUCUAUAUCUGUUGUACGCGCAGACGUCAUGGGUGUCGAGUACUUUGGUCAACUGCUCGAUCAGUAUCCUAUAA